AUGAGUGAAGACCGUAUUGGCCGAGUUAGUGGUUCGAUUCCUCGUCGAGGCCAGUUCCCAAGCUGUUCAGGCCACGAGUGGAUGAAACGCUCGAAGUGA